CCAACAUUGCGGACGACUGCAAUUUCUGAGUGAAUGCUUGGAGCAGAAACAAACCUGGUCGCGGACGGGGUAGUGGCACUAACUUAGUUUUUGCACCUGGUGAAACUGUUUGAGGUAGCGAGCCAAUUACCCUACCGGUACUGCCGUAGACAACGAAACUGGAUGGCGGUGACAUCAUUUGAAACCACGCAAACAGUACAGGUACUACGUACGUACUGAACCAUAAAAUUCGACGACGAUUUUUUGUCUCACGAAAAAAUCGUUUGAGUAACGGAUAGGGGGUCCUUUUACUACAAGCACAGUACUAGAUCACAACUAUUUUUGAUUUCCAAGAAAAAUGUUUGUGAGAUCGGCUGUGACCAGUUCACCUCCAAUGGCGACUCUCAAUAUUACUAAAAGUUCUCGAAACAAAACUUAUAGCGAAAUGGCUGGUGUCGACUUGACUCAAAAUGGCUGCGACGAACGCUCUUCAAAACGGCGGAAACUUCAGGGCGACAAUGACAACRACACUUGCAUGGAUGGAGGUGACACCAUCAUUGCCACGGUAAUGGACAAGGAUUCACAUGUGAGCGUUGCCACCGGUUUUCAAUACAGAAGUGUUGGGGCCUUGAAAUGGGGAGCGGUGACUAUAUAURAUGACACGRCACACACGUCAACUUYUUGCUAUCAUCGCGACAGCCAGUACGGCAGCGAACAACAACUUUGCCAAUGUUGCUCUCUCUAUCAGUGCAACUGCCGAGCGGUAGCACUUGGCAGCAACCGAGUGUUUACUACUGCCUAGCAACGGUCCAGGACUCAAUAUUCACAUUCUUCGUGCACGAAUGUUGUGUUUAAUCGGUCCAUCCAUCCAAUAUUUCCCCAUCCAACACUACACUGCAUUGUAGGACUCCAGAAGCGCUAUGGAUGAAAGAAUUUUUUUAGUCGGUAUGAAUGAAAACCGAUGAAUCGCAUUUUGAGGAAAAAGUUUCUACGAUGUCCUACGGUAGAUCGUACGAAGGCACAGAAGAACAUCCGUAAGAAAAACAACUUUACUAACGGAGUCUUGAUUGAAUGUGGCGCGAUCGAUCGAAAGAGCAACUCUUAAUCGAAAGAGCAACUCUUAAGUCACGAGUUCACUCAGCUUCAUUGAUUCUACUCUCUUCGACUACCUCGACUAGAUUGGAAUGAAUUUCAAGAAGGACGAUAGCUACCGUACGAGUGCGUACGUACGAGUUCGAGUACUUCAUCAACCUUUCAAAGUGGAUCGAGGGUGGCGCAUGGUCCUAGCCACGUUAUCCUCCGCAGACAUUAUCGCUGAGUACCCGACAGGAUUACACUGGUGUUGGUCUUCAGAACCGGUGCGAUGAAUGGAAAAAGAUAGUCGGAGGUCGGUGAUCGGCCUCGCAAUGGUGAUCAGCAACAUGCACCCGAAAUGGAUGAAUCCAUCUUUUUGUUUGUGAAUUGCACGCAUAUACAGCACAGAAAUAUCAGCAGCUGGUGUAUAGAUGGACAGAGCAACUGCGAAUGUGAAGUUGGUGACUACGAGAUGAGAAGAGAGGAUGAAACACAAGGACCAUUGUUUCGCUUGGAAGAAAUUUGAAUGUGUGCUAUAUGUUUAAUAAUUGAGAAUGAAUCCA